GCUCGCUCGUCACUCGGCGCCUUUUCUCGGAGACAUUUCUCUUGCCCGGCCAGGCCGCCCCACUUCGGAUCCGAUCUUCUCGGCAACAUUUCACGGCGUCGGAGACAUCCCGCGAGGCCGCGCCUCACGCCGGCACGCCCGUUCUUCACUUGGAAGAGCAUAUAAGACGACAAAAGAGCCUCAUUUAUAGCAGGAAAUAUCACAACCGCAUCAAACCCACGCAACCCAACUUUCCAAGCUUACACCACAUCACAACUACAAUACAACUUACAUGAAUACCCUCAACAAAAACCUCAUCAAAGCACUCCCGCUAACACCAAACAUCAUCACAUCCAACAUGUCCACCCCAGCCCUCCACGACGUUCUCAUCAUAGGCGCAGGCCCAGCAGGCCUCGCCACAGCAACGGCCCUCUCCCGCCAGCUCUACACCACAGUCCUCUUCGACUCAAACCUCUACCGCAACGCCCGCGCGAGCAACAUGCACAACGUCCUCGGCUUCGACCACGUCCCGCCCCCAACCUUCCGCGCCAAGGCGCGAGAGGACCUCAAAGCCCGCUACGCCGACACCGUGACGUUCGCCGACGGCGUCGAGGUCGUCAAGACGACAAAAGUCAAGGACGGACUGUUCAGGGCCGAGGAUAAGCAUGGCAUGGCGUGGUUUGGACGGCGCUUGGUUCUCGCUACCGGCGUCACGGAUAUUUCUCCAGACAUCACGGGCUACGCGGACUGUUGGGGCUACGGCAUCUUCCACUGCCUCUUUUGCCACGGCUUCGAGGAGCGCGGGGCGGAGAGGGUGGGCGUGCUCGCGUUCGGGUUGACGGGGAGCGUCAAGAUGGCGACGCAUAUCGCGUACAUGGCGCGGCCCCUGGGCAAAAAGGUGACGAUUUACACGCACGGCAACGAGGCUCUCGCUUCAGAGAUUAGUGCCAUGGCGAAUAACCCCUUUACCAUUGACACACGGAAAAUCACAUCGAUGCGCAUGACUGGCGGCGGCGGGGAGCACAGCACCAGUGUGACGCUCACACUCGGCGGAAAGGAUGGGGAAGAAGGAAAAGAAGUCACGGAGGGCUUCCUCGCCCACGCGCCGUUUACAAGGCCCAAUGGCCCCUUUGUGGAGCAGCUUGGGUUGGAGACGGCGGAGAACGGGGAUAUCAAGACGGCUGCCCCUUUUGGGGAGACGAGCGUUUCCGGGGUCUACGCCGUGGGAGACUGCGGUAAUAUGGUCAAGGCCGUUGCGACGGCGGCGGCGAGCGGUGCGCUGGCUGCGGGCGGCAUGGUCGUGCCGAUGCAGAUGGAGCCGAGGGUUGAGAUGGAUGUUGAGGCUAUGAAGAAGGUUAUUGGAUAA